AUGAAGGAUUCUCUCUGGAAUGGCAGGAACCAUGAAACCUCUAAAAGUCGGAGUAAAUCGGCUUCUAGUUUAGGUGAUUCGAAGAACGGCGAGUCGGCGGAAGAUGAUGACAUUACAAACGAGAUCAUGAGGCAGAAGAUUACACAAGAAGCAGAAGCUACCAUCGAAGUUGGGGAAAAUUUGGGGUUUCGAGUGUCGGAUUAUGUCGAUAAUGGGGCGGGUGACUUCAGUAAAGCGGAGCACAUAAGGAAUCUCAAAAAGAAAUAUAAACUCGGCUUUAUUGCUAUUCAAGAAACACAGGUGUUGAAUUCUCUGAACAUACAGCUAAAGAAGAUAGAUAACUUACUAUUACGGGAGCUUCAAAAGAAGGUAGAGGUUUUGGAUCUAAAAGCUAAAUCGGCUACAUUAACAGAGCAGGAGUUAAGUGAGAGAGACUCAUGGUUGAAAACGAUAAAUGAGAUGGACCAGAAUAGAAUGGAUGACCUAAAACAAAGGGCAAAAGUUAAAUGGGCAGUAGACGGGGAUGAGAAUACGUCAUUUUUUCAUGGCGUGAUGAAUGGUCACAGGAAGAACAACAGAAUCAACGGGCUGGACUUUGAUGGUGUAUGGGUUUCGCAACCGGAGGAUCUUAAAAAGAGCAUUAAAUAUCAAUCUGCCAUGCUAGUGAAAAGAUUUUCAAAGGAGGAAAUUAAGGAUGCAGUUUGGAAUUGUGGUGGAGACAAGACACCGGGUCCAGAUGGUCUUACUUUCAGGUUCUUAAAAGACUUUUGGGAGUUAUUUGAGAAAGAUUUUGGCCUUGCCCUUGAGUACUUUUAUGUACACGGCUGCAUCUCCAAAGUGGUGACCAAGAUCCUAGCUAGCAGGCUUAAAAUGGUUAUGGAUUUUCUGGUCAGCGAUGUGCAAACGACCUACAUAGAAGGACGCAGUAUUCUUGAAGGGCCUCUAAUCAUUAAUGAACUUAUCUCUUGGGCGAAGAAUAGAAAACGAAAGAUUGUGUUAUUCAAGGUGGACUUCGAAAAGGCUUUCUACUCACUAAGUUGGGAAUUUUUGGAAUCAAUAUUAUCUCAGAUGGGUUUUCCAGAUCUAUGGAGGAAAUGGGUCAUGGGUGUGCUAAGUACGGCUAGAACAUCGGUCUUAGUCAACGGAUCUCCAACAACGGAAUUUGAAAUUCAAAGGGGGGUUAGGCAGGGUGAUCUAUUAUCCCCUCUCUUGUUUAUCUUAGCUAUGGAGGCUUUACAUAUUGCAACGGAAAGUGCGGUUGAAUGUGGUAUUCUAAAAGGCAUCAAAACACCAGGUUCAGGCCCUAAAAUCUCACAUCUUCUAUAUGCCGAUGAAGCUUUAUUUGUCGGAGAAUGGUCCGAAGAAAAUUUUCAUAACCUUGCUAGAAUUCUUAGGUGUUUUCACUUAUCCUCGGGUCUUCAAGUGAAUUUUUCAAAAAGUAAGGUAUUUGGCGUGGGGGUAAAGAGUGAAGACGUCUUGGAGACGGCUACGAUACUUGGAUGUGAUAGAGGCUCGUUACCAUUCACUUACCUUGGUUUACCGGUAGGAUCCAAAAUCGGAGUGGUAAGAAAUUGGAAACCCGUCAUUGAACGUUUUGAAAGCAAACUCUCUACUUGGAAGGCUAGGAUACUUUCAUUUGGUGGAAGAAUGACACUCAUAAAAGCGGUCUUAGAUAAUCUUCCAACUUACUAUUUCUCAUUAUUUAGUGCACCGGUUCAUGUCAUUAUAUAUUUAGAAAAGGUAAGGCGUAGAUUCUUGUCGGGUGGUUGUUUGGACAAGAACAAGAUGUGUUGGGUACCAUGGUUUAAAGUUGUGGCACCUAAACAACAAGGGGGAUUGGGUAUUGGCAGCCUUGCGUCAAUGAACAAGGCUAUGAUGGUCAAAUGGAUUGUGAAAUUUAGGAAUGAAUCAACACAUUUAUGGACGAAGGUAAUAACGGCAAUUCAUGGGAGAGAUCGUAACUUCACAACUAUUCCGUUGAUGAAGUCGAUUAGUGGGGUAUGGAAGAAUAUUGUUCAUUUAGGUAAGGGGGAUAGUCUUAAACUGACUGAUGUAGAAAACAGGCUGGAAGUUCAAUUGGGGUGCGGGAAUAAAACCUUAUUUUGGUUAGACAAGUGGGUUGGGAAUCGUUCACUGAAAGACCAAUUUCCUCUUCUCUUUGAGUUAAAAGCAGACAAAAAAUGUAUGGUGCAGCAGCGAUAUACAAUAGUGGAUGGGCAAAUAAGGUGGAACUGGGUAGCGAGUCACUGA